CACUAUUUGAGUUUUUGAAUUUUCGAGCUUACACAGUGUAAAUUAUAUUUACUUUGAGAGCAAUUCAUUUCAUCGUAAGAUAGACGUGGUUACAAUGGAUGGUAGGCCUACUAAUUGGUCAAUGCUGAUGACGAACCUAACGACGUCCAAUGAGUCGAGUACCAGUGAGGACAUCGAGGAAAUCGGGUUGGAUUUCGAUAUCAGCAACAACACCGCCGUCAAUCUAACCUACUACAUUACCUCAUUGAUCUUUGGUAUACCAGGCAAUGUUAUCAUUCUGCGGACCUACGCUUGGAAGAAACGGAAGACGAGCACGGACAUCCUCAUCAUGGGCCAAGCCGUCAUCGAUCUCCUCGCUUGCUCGUUUUCGUUACCUUUCAUCGUCCGGAGCGGUUUCCCUCACCUUACUACGAUAGGUUUGUGUCGCUUUGUUUUCUACGCGGAAGAGAUGUUUGCGCUGAACGCAGUUCUGAUGACCUCCCUAAUCGGCAUCGAUCGUUAUCUGGCCGUAUGUCGUCCCCUCCGACGUCGGUUGACGGUACGAAAGUCGAUCGCACUUAUCACACUUUGCGUCGUUUUCUCUGUCUCGAUAUACCUACCAAGUCCCAUUGCGAUAUCUUUGGUCAUGUGGAAGGGAAGAGUAGUUUGCAAGAUAGUUUCACUGAAUCCUCUAGGCAUCGUCUUAUACGUAAUGUUUAUUUCACUUGUAUUUACCGUGUCGUUUGUUUUGAAUAGUAUCCUCUACAGCUUGAUUUAUGUUUUCCUGCAAAAGAGGGCAAAGAUUCACGCCGAGUUGACGGGUGGCACCGAACCCACAAAUGCGGUUGCCGCCUCGACCAUCGCGAGUUCGCUCGAGUCGAAUUCGAGGGCAAAUCACGCUGAAGCAAAAAGUGACAUUCCUCACAGCUCGCACGACACUCACAUGAAGAACCCAUCUCGACCAUUACACAAUUCGUCGAAAUUAGAUACAGCAGAGUGUUCAAAUAAUACCAACCAACCACCGUCCAUCAACCAUGACAGCGAUACCCCAGGUUCUUACCUCGCAAAAUCCACAACGGAACCCACCAAACAGCACAAGGUGAAACUAGAUAAUAAUGCGCCAUCAACAACAAUAGAGGCAGUUCAGCAAGGUGGCAAUCAACGCCCGAAUCCGGCAAAGAAGAACAAGAAAGACUUUGGACGAAAAACAACUCGCAUGCUUCUUGUUGUAACCAUAUUCCUCUUCACCACUUGGAUCCCGCAGAUUGGGGUUCCGUUCAUCCCUUCUUCGGAGAUACUUGGAAAGGAUCAUCUGAAAACUUUCAUCUCCGUUUUCUAUAACCUUCGGCUCACCAAUCACAUUGUCAACUUCUACGUCUACUAUUUCGUCAAUAGCUCGUUCAGGAAAGAGGUCAAGGAGUCAUUUGCAAAGUACCCGUGCUGCAAGUAA